AUCACGUGUGAGCAUGUGAAGGACUUCCAGUUCAUCAGCCAAGGGGCCUUCGGGACCAUCUUCCGGGCACGGCACCAAGACUGGGGAAUCGAUGUUGCGGUGAAGAUUCUCAACAGUUCAGGCAGGUUCACAGAUCACAAGGCUGACUAGGCUGACAGUCUAAGAAUUAGAUCAUCAUCAUCAUCAUCAUCAUCUGGGGUGUGCUGCUGGGGAAACAUUCCAAGUUUUGACCUCAAGGCUUUCCCCUCCAUCACCUUUUGCCCUUCCUCUCUCAUCAUUGGCACUCUCCCCUACCCCACCAUCCAUCCUGCAGCAAUACAUCCUUCACCCGAGAAGAGCUCCUGAAUGAAGCCCUCGCCAUGGACAAGGCACGAUUCAUUUAUGUCCUGCGCCUCUUUGGCCUCUUCAUAGACAGUGUGCAAACAGAUGUGCCGGUAGCAGGGUUAAGCAUUGCUGCACCCAGGAUGGGCCUUGUGAUGGAGUAUAUAGAGAAUGGCAGUUUAUCUUCCCUGAUGAACCGGGUCCAUUUUGUGCCUUGGCCUCUGCGGUUCCGCAUUCUCCACCAGGUGGCGGUGGGGAUGAAUUUCCUGCACAACCUCAGCCCUCCAUUGUUGCACCUGGACCUCAAGCCUAGCAAUGUCCUACUGGAUGGAGAGCUGCACAUCAGGGUGGCCGAUUUUGGGUUAUCCAAGUUCAAGCGAGGGAGCUCUCGGCACCCAAGUCAAACCUCUGAGGAAAAAGAUGGAUAUGGUGGGACUCUGGAGUUCAUGCCUCCUGAGGCUUUCUCUGAUUUGAACUACAAGCCCUCCCCUGGCACUGAUGUCUACAGUUAUGGGAUCCUCAUGUGGUCUGUGUUAUCUGGCCAGGAACCUUACCCAUAUGUCCACCCUGGCAACAUGAGCUCCCUCUUCAGAAGGCUGAUCCCUCAAGGCCAAAGGCCCAGCACAGACGAGCUGGAGAAGAUAGACAACGUGUUGAAGCUAGCAGACAUGAUCAGGCUCAUGAAACGGUGCUGGCACAACAACAAAGCCCAAAGGCCAUCCUUCCGAGAUUGCAGCCAAGAAACGAAGAGUGUGUAUUCCUAUCACAAACCGUGGAUUAUGGCUGCUGUUCGGCAAGUCCAGGACAUUCUGGUACAGCUAAACAGUUCCUCAAAGGAAACCAGGUUCUCCUUGAGUCUGGCAUCGCACGGAGCAGUCAGUCAUUCCUCCACGAGACUUGAGAAGGCAGAAUACCAGCAGUCCUCCUCCUCUGGGCUGGAGGAGCAUUUUAGUACGCUGCACUUGAAAGAAUCUCCACUCAAACUAAAUGAAACGGUACCCACAGAAUCUUUUUUCAAAAGCCACCAGGAAAGGAAACAUUCUGGACUCUACCGCAGCCACAGUGCUCGUAGCAGAAAAGGAGCUGAGAGUUCAGGCCAUGAAGGGCGUCUUCAAUCAGCAGUCCAGAUUCGGUCCAGGCCCACAGAAAGCCACGCCCACUUUCUGACAUGUAUCCCUUUGCAACAUACCCAAUGUUUUCCCCUGCAUUCCCGCAGCAUCAGCAGUCCUAUGGCCCCCACCAAGGUGGUGAUGGAUUUGCACACAGGGACCAUUCCCUCUUGUCACACUUUCACCAAAGAGCUUCACAUCAUGGAAUCCAUAUAUCUGGGCAUGACAUCUUGGGAAUUCAAAUUGGAAAUGGGAACGUCAUGCAACUUGAACACGAUCCUGAGAAGAAACUCCCAAAAAUCCAAUAAUGGACAUCUAUGGAGCAUGGAGGAUUUCUUCUGGACAAUCCCACUCCUUUCAUUGGAGAGCACCCCACCCCACCCCAGCCCACCUCAAUCCCUCUUCCUAAUUUCCCACUGCUCUCACUAGCACACCAUCUAUCGCCUUUGAGCAACGUCCAUGAGAACUGCCUUUGAGCAGAUGAUGGCCAGCCCCACUUUACCAUGUGCUUCCAGAUGUGACAUGCUAGGCGCUUGCCUGAAAUGGUAGCAUGACCUGAUCUGGAAUUUUGAGGACCAACAUCACCAUCUUGUAAGAUCAGGCCACCGACUCACAGUCCUGCUUGGUGUUUAACAGCAAAGGUGUAGGAGAGAAACACGCAAGGCUCCAACAAUGCCACCUUCAGCUCUUGGAGAACCCUUAGGCAAAACUCCUUCAGUGGGUUGCCACCUGCAGUGAGCCUACCUUCUCACCAUCACUGUCACCGGCCGCCAUUGCUGCUGCUCUUCAUUCUCAUCACUGGUCCUCCCGCUUGCUUGCUUGACAGGCAGAGAGCCAAUUAGCAGGUAGGGAGUGGCAUCCAUUGUCCCUCCUUCUCAGCAUCAGAGGUAGGCAAAGAAGCCAGUGGCAAUGAUGCAGAAGAGGAGCUAGUCCACGGAACAUUUGUCAGUUGGCCUCUGUUGGAGGAUGAUCCCUUGGCAGUUGUCCAGCCAUGUCCACCCUUGAUGCUGGCCUAGAGCCCAAACCAAAGAAGGUUUGGUUGUGCUGCUCCUAUAUAAAACAUUGAGGUCGCUUAAAAACAGGAAGGGAUACAGGCACAGUUAAAGUGUGUGAGGGGGUGCAUGCAUGGGUCCCCCCCCCCACAACUGUUUCCCCAAUGUAGGUCCCCAAAAGUUCCUUGAAUUUCUGGCACAAUCCAUGCAGGUUGAGCCGGGGAUGGAUGAAUUGGACCAUUGUGCUUUCCUUCUACACUCACUCUUUUAUCAGCCCAAGUUCUUUCCUUCCAAAAUAUGGGGGAAAUGGCAAAUUCUAGAAAAUUCAUAUCAAAAAAGAACUACAUUGAAAUUCUCACCUUCACCAGCCAAUGCCAUCAGAGCUGAGGAAGGGCUGUGCUGUACUCGUCUGCCAUGUAGCCAUUUUAGCCGACCGGCACGUUCAGCCAUGUUUGUGAGGCAGAGUUAGUAUGCAACCUCUUUUUCUGGCCAGCUUCUUAACUUUAAUGGCUACAUGGGUGUUAGCAAUGCGACCAUGUUUUGGACGCAUCCAUUUCUUCACUUCCAGCUUUCACACCCAUGCAAAAUGACUAAGCAAAGUAGAUACAUGUGUAUGUGAGAACACAGUGGCACCAAAACUGCUAUUGCUUUUGGGUAUGCUUUUUAUGACUUAAAUUUCUUGUUGUUGUUGUUGUUGUUAUUGUUGUGGUUAAAAAACCCCCCACACAUUUUAAAGACACACAUUUCUUUUAAAAAAUCCCUCAGUGUUCAAAACUUUAAUAUGGAAUCAGUGGGUGCAUCUUGAGUAAACCAGACUUUCUUUAAAAUCCGACACGACAUUCCUUUUUGGAAACAAGAUCAGCAAUGUGUAGCUGUGCAGAGACAUUUAAAAGCUUCAUAUUUGUAAAACAAGCAUGUAUAUAUGCAAUUUUAAAAAUGCGUGUUUUAAAAAUC